AUGAAAAAGCCAGGAGAGCCAAAGGCCUUUGCUUCUAUUGUGGCAAGGGAGGCCACUACAUCAGCUAUUGCCCGAUACGUCCUCCUCGCCCUAAACAUAGCCAAUAUGGGGACUCUGUGUCACCAUCCUACAAGUCCAUCAUGGCCUCUUUUUUGUUCAACUCUGCAUGCUACUGGACCGCAAUGACCAUCUAACCAGACCAAUGGCACCAUCACAGCCCUGGCUAACCCUGCUCCUGUUCCAGAGCCUCAAAAGGAGGCUGCUGUGGCUACCUUCCAAUCCUCAGCUUCUGUCUCCCCUAAAAUUUUCUGCUCUAACACAGAGGAUCUGUCCCCAGACUGUGUAAUUGCCUCCAAUGUAACCGUGGUCCGCAGGCAAGAUCUAAAGGUCUUUGAGAAGGCUCUUAAGGCCAGAGCUGCAUCUCCUUCUCGACUCCUUGCCUCCACUGCCUUCUCAAAGAAUAACAAUCUGCAAAAUGUUCCAACCCUUGCAGAUCCUUAUGAUUCUGAUGCCUAUACAGACCUGGAUUUCCUGUCUGAUCCUGAACUGGACCAUCCUGAACUGGACAUUGGCCUACCCAGCCACCAAUAG